GCCAAUAACAACAACAACGACUACGGACUAAUUCACUCAUUCAAGUCCAAAUUAUCCGGUCUUUGACUUUUUAAGAAGAUUUCAGUCAUGAUGCUAAGACCAAAGGAUUUGUGUCAAGGCUCUGGCACAAAAACUUUCUUGGAGGCCAUGCAGAGUGGCAAAGUUCACCUUGCUCGCUUCGUCCUGGAUGCUUUGGAUGGACGCAUCAUCAACUCAAGAGCUGAAAACAGUCGAACGCUACUCAUGCAUGCCGUGUGCCUUCAGGAUAACGCUACCAGAUCAAAGUUCACCCAUUUGUUGCUGAAAAAAGGUGCGGAUGUGAAUAUUCAAGAUGACCACGGCCGCACGGCCUUGAGUCUCGCUUGUGAACAAGGCCACUUGGAUGCCGUAAAGCUCCUUGUGCAGUUCAACGCCGAUCCUGAAAUCACGGACACUUGGGGAAACAGCGCACUCAUGUACGCCGCCUGCGGAGGACACAGUCGAGUCCUUGAGUUCCUGGUCAGGGCGUUCAAGAAGCUCGGGCUGUGGAUAGAGCGCACCAACCACGCAGGCCAUUCCGCCAUGCAAGUAGCUGACUUCUUUGGACACUACCAGUGUGUUCAAGCCCUUAAUGGUUGUGGAAAGAAGGCGGUAAGUCUGACUAACAGCACUGGAGAACCCGCAGAUGAUCUCAGGUGGCCCAAUCGGCUUCCCAAACAAGUUCUAGAGCGCUUCUCCAAACAAAUACAAGGCAAAAGCGAAGAAUUUUUCCCAACCUUGUUUCAGAGACAGCUACAUGUGGGAGAAGGCAACAGCCUGCGAAUUCGCUACAGACGUGAACCGCCGUCCCCUGACGGAGCGGAAAUUAACCACUGCCAAACUCUGAACAGAUUGGAGGAGAGACGGCCAGCUGAAGAUGGACCAGAUUUCUUGUUUGCUUCAAGACAGAUUCAAAACUCUAUUCUGAAAGAAGUGGGCACCACCAGAAAAAUGGAUUUCAAUCCAGAACAGCUCAAACAUGAGAAUGAAGGUGCUCCUCUCUGGGGAAAAGCCAAAUCCUUUAACGCGGACCUCAGAAUCUGCCGGAAGCAGUCCUAUCAAGGUGACGUUCAUGAAUUCAACAGGUCUGCCACUAAAUUCAAAAGAGCAUCGCUUCAGGACGAGAAACCUCUUGUGGCAAAGUUCUACUGCCAUGACAACACAAAGAUAAAUGACGCUGUGAAAUCAAAACACCUUGGAGGAUUUGAGAAAUCACAGAUUGGUGAGAGUAAGGGUAGAAAAGAGUGUGGUAGUAUUCCCAAAGCUGGCAGACAGAACAAACUUCUCUUCAAUCGAGAAGAACUUGAACCUGAGAGAAUCAAACCUCAUCCCACCGGACUCGCCGGACUUGGAACCAGAUUGCUGCGCAGAUUCACAGCUCCAGAAUUCAUGAAGCACAUCACAGACUGUCCGACUGAGGAGGGACAGAAUUUGAAAGGCAAAAUGUCCCGGUCUGAAACCUUUCCAUUCUCACACACUCAUCAGAGAGUGAACAGCCAGCCGAGUGUGGACAGCAUCAGCGGGGUGAGAUGCGAAUUUGAGAGUAAUUCUGCUGUAUUUCACUCCUAAAUGUGUGUUUAUGAAUAUAUUUCUAUUAAGAUAACUUGGACUCUGUGGAAGCCUCAUAUGCAUAUUAAUUUAAAGAUGUUAAAGAGGCUUGAUAGCACACGUACAUCACCCAAACUUCUAUUUGAUGUGUUUACAUCUGGAAGACGUAUUUUUUAGGUUGUUUGCUCAUCUGCAAUGCGUCCAUUGGACGUUUCCUCACGGAUGUCAAUAAGACAUUCAGCAGAUGUCUUUGAGAUGUUUAUGAUUUAGAAUGUUUGUAAAUCUGAUCUUUUUAAGAUGUUCAGCAGAUGUUAACUGGAAAGAGAUGCUUUCCAGAUGAAAUGCUCUUGAACAGACAUCUCGGAGAUGAACGUGUGCAAACUGGGACAUGACUCGCGUCAGAGCGCCAAUGCUCCGCACAUUGCCAGCAUCAAGAGCCGCUGUGCCCUCCACGUGACUAGCAUUGCAGAUAGCGAAUUUUAAGAUGCACAGCGCCGGGGCCAAUGCUGACAUUUCACUCCAUAGACUUCAGUGUAUUCAGCAGCUCUGACGUGAGUCAUAUUUGCAGAGGUUUUUUAACAUUUAUUAAUAGCCAUGUACUAAAUGAAUGUAAUAACUUUGGCUCUCAUAAGAAUUUUACUGCUUACGUCUACUGCUACUACUGCUUCUCUCAAAGCAUUUUAUUGCCUCUGUAUAUGUGCUAACAUGUCCUUCAAACUUAAAUUUAAAAUUAAGACAUUUUGCAGCGUAAAAGAGUGUCUGGGUUCUGUUGAGUGCCUACAUGCAUCAUUUAUUGCUUCAUCAUAAUGCAUGCAUGUAUAUAUUUUUCAAUGUCUUGAAAGAAAAAUGAGAACUUUGAUUCAAAAGUGAAUUAUAUACACAGAAAAUUGUGAUUUGUAUAGAGUAACAAUACGGUUCUGUAUA